AUGUUGCUCUUCAAGUCCUGCGGCCUUCUCGUUCUUGCCGUUUUGUCGGUCAUCGGUGCCCCUGUGGGUACGCCCAAACCGGCGGCCAAAGGCCGCGCUACCCUCAGCAGGUCCAAGUCACUCGUUGGUAAAGGACCAGCCGCGAAGGCACCCGCCCCCGCGACUGCUGCCAAAAAGACAGUGGUCAAAGGCAAAGGUAAGGGGCCUACAUCGCCUGGCAGGGCAGCUCCAGUAGCUGCUGCUGGUGCUGCCGCGGUCCCCUCCACAGCGCAAACGAAGGCCGGCAGCAGCAUUGCACAGAAAGCCCACAACCUCAUUGACAACAUCCACGCGACCGACGACCUCAUUAUCUUCGACUCGCCCGCGUAUUCCGAUGCCAACGGCAACACCAUCGUCGCCCUUCAGACCUUCGCCUCCAUCCGCCAGAUCGAUCUCCACAAGGUCACGAACGCCGUCACAGGUUUCCUCAAGACCCUCCACGUCGAUGUCGGUAACAGCCUCAACACUUUCCAGGAGCGCGUCAAGCUGCUUGGUGCCAUUGGCCUCCCGCACAAGUCGGUCCCCUUCAGCGUACCUGGAUGCUCUGGCACAGCGCAAUCGGGUCAGACUGCUGGUCUUCCUGAUCUCGGUAUCUCGUUGAAGACCGUCAACCUCGGCAAGUGUGGCGCAGCGCACGAGAUGACCGCGACCGCAACUCUGUCUGCCAGUGACAAGCGCGUCAUGAAGGGCUCGAUCUUCUUCUCCCCCAACUCUGGCUUUGGAGUGAUCUCCGAUAUCGAUGACACGAUCAAGGUCUCACACGUCCUCGACAAGGCUAAACUUAUCAAGUCGACGCUCCUCGAGCCACCCAAGGCUGUCCCUGGCAUGCCUGAGGUGUACGCCUCGCUUGCCAAGUCGCUCAAGCAGCCCCAGUUCGUAUAUGUCAGCGGCUCGCCCUACCAGCUCUACCCUUUCUUGAACUCCUUCAUCGACACCUCCUACGCCGCGUCUAAGGGCCCCAUCCUGCUCAAGAACUUGACUGCUGUCGACCCCGUCCAGACUAUCAAGUUCAUCACCGGCUCGAAUACACAGGCGUACAAGGUCAUGCAGAUUGACCGUCUGAGGGCAAUGUAUCCCGCUAAAAAGUGGCUUAUGGUCGGCGACUCCACCGAAAAGGACCCCGAGGUCUAUGCUGAGGCAUUCAAGAAGGGCGUCAAUGUUGCCUGCAUCUGGAUCCGCAACGUAGACGGCUCCGCCAACACCCCCGCUCGCUUCGCCGCUGCCUUCGCAGGCGUCCCGAAGACCAAGUACAGAGUCUACAAAGACGCGGAGAUCCCCUCCCUCUCUAAAGUCAAUGUCGCUGGUGGACAAUGUUAG